AUGCCGCGCUUCACCACCCGGACCCGCAACGCUCCCUCAUAUGCCCGAGGACGAGGGGGAGGCGCUUCAUCGGGCAGGCGCACUGCUCCAGCAGACUCGACAGGCUACUACGACAAGAAUGACAAAAGGUGGUACUGCAACUGCAUACCCCGCGUCCUAGCCGACAUCCGCACCGUGACCAAGGAGACCAAGAACAAAGGCCGCAGGUUUUGGACAUGCUCCAAAGACAGGCGCGCCAGCUGUGCCUUCUUUCUCUGGGACGAUGACGCCCGCAUCGUUGAGGCCGAGGCCGAGACCCAAGUCGCCGCCAUGACGCCGUCCUCGACGCAGCGCCGCCUCCGCCAGACGCAGAUCGUGCCCACCGUGCCAGAGACGCCCACGCGUCGGGUCGGUCCGCAACGCGCAUUUACUGGCAACCCAGCAGCGACUGUGACGAAGGGAUCCGACGGCCCCGACCAUGAUGUACGGACCAACGACUCUGAUGAUGAUGACGACGACAUUGUGUCCCUUUCUACCGAUGCCGAGAUCGACCGUGACGAGGCGCUCGCCGCUGCCGCCGCCGCCGCCGCCGCCGCCGCCGCAAAACACUCGAGCGGUAGCAGCUCGACAUCGCAGAAUUCCUCUCACACUCUAGGCCGGCCGACAACAAGCCAGUCUUCGCUAGCACUCUCUUCGAAGCGCAAGCGGGAUGGUCCGGUCCAAGACGAAGAAGACUUCUCGGACGGCUUCAGCGACCCCGACUUGGUGCGGGGCCUCGCAGAGCUCGCCGAUCACGCCGCUAGCAGUGCCCAGCAGCCCGUCACCCCGGCCAAGCAGCGACAGGGGCAUGCCAUCGGCGUUGCGCCGGACGGCCUGCCCACCCCAGUGAGCCGGAGCACGUUGCGGGUCGCGCGCGAAGGGGAGGACCGCUCCGGCGGCAAGCGCGUGCGGCUCAGCACGCCCAAUGGCGUCAGCUCGCCGACCUCAUCGCCCCUUUCCAGGGAAACCCCGUUUUGCACCUCCAGAGCGGCCACGUCCUCGUCCUUGACGAGCCUGGAGUCGAGCCGUCAGCAGCAGGAUGAUAGUGAGAGCUACGAGCUCACAAGCGAGAUCCUCGCGCUGCUGGAUAGACAUGUCUCGCAGGAUGCAUCCGCUGGUGGAGUAGCGAGGGUCGUGGAUCUGGCCGCGCUCCGGUCCGCCAUCCGCAGCCGACUCGACGCCGAGGUGCUCAAGACCAAGGGCGCCAAGAUGGGCCAAGCUGCAGCAUGGGAGGGCAUCGCCAAACGCAAUGGCCAAAUCUCGGCGCUGCAGGAAAAGAUCACGGCGCUGGAGAACGAGCGGACCGUGUUGAGGCGCCAGGUGGCCGAUUACAAGGGCAGGAUGGAGGGAUUUAAACGUCUCUUGGCCGAGGAUUAG